AGGUACAUAUAAAUCACAUUUUGUUUCUUCGGUAUCCUACCACGCAUAACACUUGCAACAAUGCGAACUCGUCCAGCAUGGCGCGUAUGCACGACUCUCCGAGCAACUCAACUCAAAUACCGCACCUUUGCCUCUGUAUCUGAACCCUCUCCAAUCAAAGCUCAACACCACCCGGCGCCGCACUCUGGUAACAUUCGGAUUCUUCUCCUCGACAGGCCAACCGCUCGAAAUGCCUUGUCACGCAGACUCGUCGCCGAUUUGAAGCGCCAUGUCAAGGAGAUCGAGGCCGAGGCUGGUGCGGGUCCCACAAGAGCACUGGUCAUCGCGUCCAACACAGAUAAAGCGUUCUGCGCCGGCGCAGACUUGCGAGAAAGAAAAGAGAUGACACAGGAAGAAACUAGAGAAUUCUUGACCGAUAUGCGGAACACCUUCACGAAACUGUCUAAUCUUCUUGUCCCUACCAUCUCUGCUAUAUCUUCGGUUGCACUUGGUGGUGGUUUGGAACUGGCACUCUGUACUACAUUCCGGGUUUUUGGAUCCUCUGCGGUCGUAGGCCAACCCGAGACAAAGUUGGCAAUUAUCCCAGGGGCCGGGGGGACCUACAGAUUGCCUGCAUUAAUCGGGGUCAACCGAGCACGCGACCUCAUUCUCACCGGUCGUCGGGUCGGUGGAGCAGAAGCAUACUUUCUGGGACUAUGCAAUCGACUUGUGGAAAUUACUCCUGAGGAGUUGAAAGAGGAUGAAAAGGCGCGGCAAAAGGUGCUCGCAGCCAGUCUACAGCUUGCCAAUGACAUCUGCGACGGAGGUCCCAUUGCGCUCACGCAGGCCAUGCGUGCAGUCAACGGAUGGCAACGAGGAGAAGCUGCAGAAAACGAAGCCUACGAGGUGAUUCUGAAGACGGAGGACCGGAUGGAAGCAUUGAAAGCAUUUGCAGAGAAACGGAAGCCCGUCUUCAAAGGCAGAUGAGACAUGAAAAUGACACAGCGAGGUUGCCUGUCUUGCCCGAGACACCUCCUGAUGCAUGUCUGGCCGUAUGACUUCCGUUACCCUUGUACAGGUGUCAUUGGACGAGUCUUACGAACAGAGCGGUGAUCUUGUGACAACCAUACAUGUGGAGAUCAGAUAGUCAAAGCUAUGAGGCUGGCAUCUACAGAAUACAAUAUCCAGGUAGUCUGCGCAAAGAAUGCAGCAGCCGCAAAGGUCGCCUGGGGCCUCUUUUUCUGACUUCGCCCCUUCGGCUGAGCUUGGCCAUUUGAGGCUGCAAC